CUCCACCAAGCCCGUCCAUCCAUCCUUUCCACCUCCAUGUCGCCUCCUGACAGUACAGUACGCAUUUUGGACCACUAGAUACCCGGUCCGUUCUAUCAAUUCCAAGCUUUUGUUUUAUGAUUCUUUUUUUUUCUUCCCUUCCCUCUCUCUCUCUUUUCCCUACUCAGUUUCCCAAACAAUCCUCCAUUUUUCCUUCUUUGUUCGCCGAAGUGGGACGUCUAUACCCACACCGUUCCAGACGCUCCUUUGACCGAACGCAAUCGUAUCGCUGUCCAGCGCCUGCGCAUCGCAUCGCAUCGCACGUAGCCGCCUCUUAGUCAUUGGCCGAGAUAGGCUUGCUCUUCGACUCGGGCACAGCGCACACUCCCGCUUCCCACAACAGAUCACCAGUCACACCAGACAGCCUCCGGCCUGGCCCACAGUACGGAGUAGUCUGAGACUUGUGUGCUCCAAGGAAGCUCGUUUGUGUCGUCGCCGAACCUACCGAGUCCCCACCGAAGCCACAGAAGAAGAGAAACCACCAGCGACCACCAGCAAGAGCACUGUACCCUGCCUGCCUCUCCCGUCCACCACCACACCCUGGGACGUAUCCAUCCUGCUCCUCAGGCCAGCACCGCGUCUCAUGGAAGUAAUACGGCUGCGACCUUCCUAAAGCAUCAAGGGCCGAAUCGGACAAGGCACGCGGGUCCGAUCGGCUGAACUGAGGCGCGCCGCUCCUGCUACCCACACGCCGGGAGACGGAGAGCCCUCUAAAAACAAGUGUACAAACACGCAGUGCACAAAUGGCUUACAACGGAGGAUAUCCCGCCCCGCGUGCAUUCAACGGGCCAGGAGCUCCACGGCCGCCACCCCAGCGCCAGUACACUCCUGCGCCGGCACCCCAACAGUACGACCAGCAGUACGACCAGUACCAGGAUGACUACGGUCAGGGAUAUGAUGGGUACUACGAUCAAGGCUAUGGACAACAGUACGACGACAGGAACUUUGCCCCGCGAGGCCCGCCUCAGCGAGAUCCUUAUGGCCCAGGCCCUGGUGGUCCGCCGAGAGGGCCACCUGUGAACGGAGGACGCGGCGGUCCCAUGAGGCCCCCGCCUGGCAGAGUAUAUCCUCCUAAUGGUGCGCCGGGCCGAGGAAGGCCUCCCCACGUCGGGGCUCCUAAUUCUGAUCCUACCAUGAACCGCUCAAGACAGCCCAUCUUACCCCCUCGAAAAUCCCCAGGAGAGCCAGGAUUUGGCGACAGCCCAUUCCCAACAUUCCCAGGCCAGGAUCGUAAGACAAAUCUGGACCAGGAACAGCAGAUUCUCAGCCAAAUGGGCGCUCUGGAUAUUGACAACAAGAAAAAAGUCCCGAAAGGCAGGGCCCCAACGCGUGGCGCUUCCGAUGACGACUAUGGUCCCCGGCCGUCCAUGGACUCCCAGCGAGGCCCUCCUCCACCGCGCAACUACCCGCCGCAGGGUUACCCAGAGCAACGACGAGGACCGCCGCCCGGCCGAGGAGGCUACGGUGAAUACCCCGAGCCUGGCUUCGGGCCACCCUCGAGGACAAUGACGAUGCCAUCGAACAUAGGAGGCAUGCAGGAGAUGGCGCCGCCACCGCACCGGUCAGACUCUGCGCCUUACGGUCCAUCUGGUCAAGGAAUGCAUCCGCCGCGACCCUCAACCGCGUCAGGCCACCGCCCGCCGCCGCAACGUAUGCCUCCGCCAAACCAACCAGUGCCGGGCUAUGGUGGCCAGGGCUAUGACUACGGCGCGGAUGAGGGUUACGGAUAUGACGACUACUACAACGAGUACUAUGACGACCAAGGGCCGAAUGGCUAUCAGCAGCAGCCGCCGCAUGAACCUGACAUGCCCAACUUUGACGCGGCUCCUCGGGGUCGCAACUCUUUGGAUCUUUCUAUGCAAUCCGGCGCCCCGGAGCAGCAAAGAGGGCCUGGUCGGAUGCCUGGACUGAACACUGCAAAAUCUCAGCCUGAUCUGCGCCAGCCACAGCAGGCAGUAUUCGAGAUGGCACCUGAUGCGCCUCCGCUACCCCCAGCGGGAGGCCAAGGUGGAUACGCUACCAGGGCUAAUGGCCCGAGUCCUCCUCAAGGAGGCUUUGGUCUCCCCAGCAAUCCCAUGCCGAUCCGCCCAGGCCACCAGCAGACGCCGCCGAACGCCAACCCAGACGCACUGCCGUCGCAUCCCUUGCCGGUGAGAGCAGGCCACAUGCAGGGUUCUCUGGUCAACAACAAGCCACCACCAGUCCGCAACUAUGGCGGUACUCCCACUCCGGCGCCGGCACCAACGCCUGCACCAGGCCCAAUGCAAGGCGGUGGGGCGCCUCGCGCUGCUCCACAGGCAGAGCCCCCUGUAACGACCGAGGAGCUGGAGCGUCUGAGAAAUACCGUCAAGGUGAACCCGCAGGACCAAGCUACAGCGCUGCGUCUGGCUAAGAGACUGUUACAAGCCGCUGAUGUUCUUGUGCCGAAUGUGGCGGAUCCAAAGUCCCGCCAACGAGCCCGUGAUCGUUACGUCCUGGAUGCGCAGAAGAUCUUGAAGAAGUUGUCGAAUGCUGGCAACGCUGAUGCGAUGUUUACACUGGCGGAUGGGCUGGGCAAGGGGCUAUUUGGCUCGGAGCCUGACAACAAGGAAGCAUUUACCAUGUACCAGUCUGCAGCAAAACUCGGCCAUGCGGCAGCAGCCUACCGUACGGCCGUGUGUUGCGAGAUUGGCAACGAAGAAGGGGGUGGGACUCGAAAAGACCCACUGAAGGCCAUCCAGUGGUACAAACGUGCGGCCAUGCUCGGCGACACACCGGCAAUGUACAAGGUGGGGAUGAUACUGCUCAAAGGGCUGUUGGGGCAGCAGAAGAACCCUCGCGAGUCCAUUGGCUGGUUGAAGCGUGCGGCAGAAAGCGCGGACAGCGAAAACCCACACGCGCUGCAUGAGCUGGGUCUGUUGUACGAGUCUGCUGGGCCGAACGACGUUAUCCUGCGUGAUGAGCCGUAUGCUUUCAGAUUAUUCAAGCAGGCGGCAGAUCUGGGAUACAAGUUUAGCCAGUACCGCCUGGGAUGCGCGUAUGAGUAUGGGCUGCUCGGUUGUCCCAUCGACCCGAGACUCUCGAUCAUGUGGUAUUCGAAAGCGGCGGAGCAGGGUGAGCACCAGUCGGAGCUUGCGCUUUCCGGUUGGUACCUGACAGGUAGCGACAACGUGCUCGGCCAGAAUGAUACCGAGGCGUACCUCUGGGCGCGCAAGGCCGCGAUGGCUGGCCUUGCCAAGGCGGAAUACGCAAUGGGCUAUUUCACUGAGAUGGGCAUCGGCGUUCCUGCAAAUAUGGAGGAUGCGAAGCGAUGGUACUGGAGAGCAGCAGCCCAGGAUUUUCCGAAGGCCCGCGAGCGCCUCGAGGAGCUGAAGCGGUCGGGUAAGAACGGCCCGCGGCAACGAGAGCGCAUCACCCGGAGCAAAAUCGGGCAACAAAACGAGGGCGAGUGCAGCGUGAUGUAGGGCGUCACAGCUGCACCUGAUCUCUCUGCGCGUGCUGGACCCGAAUUUGCAGUGCCGGCAGCACGGGAUGUGGAAGCUGGCGGCAUGACCGUGGCUGCGUAUCGAAGCUUGCAUGGUCUCGCGUGGCUGGCAAUGGAAAGGAAGAACCCAGGGCCGGGUCACCAGGGACGCCCCGGUACGCCUACAACUGCGCCUCGUGUUCGGGCGGCAGAGAGACCGCCCGCGAUUACUGGGAUACACAUAAAUGGCACGCUGGGUAUGCCACGGAUGGCCUCAGAGCCAUCGCAAAGCCGCGGUGACCUCGUGAGGGAGAGAUACCAAGCACUGGAGGAAUUGCAGAGGAGCAAGAGCCUACAACGAAGCCUCAACCGGCCGACGAUGCUAUCUGCGAUGAGAAGCUUCAGUUACGAGCUUCCGACACAGAUGGCUGAGAUGGAGCGCAUGAGCAACCAGCGCACCUCUCCGCCCCCACCCCCACCGCCAUAUUAGACACCUCCCUCGCCAAACACAGCAUCAGCGCCAUCUAGGCCAACCACUCCUCGAGCCGAACGAGACGGGAGGGCGACAUCUUUGAGCGCGUGCUCUGUAUUGAUCGGCGAGCACAGUGGUCCGUGGACAACGCGUCUUACAAAUGCGUGAGCAAUUUGUUCUCUUUAUGCCGCGUGCCAGACACACAUGCUUUCUAUUCUGCCUAUUUUCACAUAAUUGCAUCGGAUUGGCUUGCAUUUACGGAAGGGGAACUCGCACAAGGCGUACGGUCAGGUCAUGAACUCAAUUUUGGCGGGAAGAGAAAAUAAAAGCGGGCAGGACUGGCAUCUUGCGGAUCAUACUAUUAAGACAGAGACUUGAGAGUGAUGAUAAAAGAGCGCGUUGCCCAGGAAACCCACCUGCCUACUCGUAGUAGUCUAGUUGAUAAUCUUUGGAAAUGCAAAACUGAAGCUGGAUUGAGCUUGCA